AUGGCAGAGGCAGAUAUAGACCGUUUGGCCGAAAAGGUCGCCCACCUCUCGACAAAAUUGGUCACCGAGGUCGCCAAGUCGCUGGAACUCGAGGAGUCGCUUCUACAGCUCAGAAAGGAAAACAGUACGUUGAAACACCAGGUUGGGGAGCUCAAACCUGUGGCAAAGAAGAGCACGGACGCUGAAAAGGCGCUUGCGGCGUUGCAGGAGAAACACGCUGCGGUGGAGGAGGAAAAACGGGUUGCUGAAGAGAAGAAUAAGCAACUAGAGGGAGAAGUGGAAGACUUGACGGCGUCUUUGUUUAACGAGGCUAACGAGAUGGUGCUGAACGCUUCUAGAGAGACGUAUAACUUUAAGGUGAAGAACAGAAAGCUUUACGAGGAGAUUGACGAGAAGAAUACCAUUAUUGAUAGUCUCCAGGCCCAGUUACAGGACUUGAAGGGACUUUUCAUGAAGAUGGAGGACCAGCAGCGGAGCUCGAAGCAUGGAACGCCGCAAUUGGAGCACGGGUUUGAGGCUCAGAAGCUGGCGGACGACGUGGACGAUUAUACGUACCUUAUGGCACAGUUGAUCCAUGCUCCUAGAGUCAGGGCUAUCCGGUUCGACUUGAACCACUACCAGCAAGACUUUAAGGCGUUCGUGUACCAGUUGAUCAAGCCGGAAUUCACGUUUGACUUGACCACGUUGAAGACGUUGAAGUAUUUCAGGAAAAUCUGGCACGAGGAGAUCGAGCCUGCUCUUGGCACCAUUCCGUCUGUUUCCAAUAACUUCUUGAAUAGGUUUUCCAAGGGCAAGACGUUCUGGACGUUGCUUGCGGAGGGAAAAGCCAUUAUCGAGCCUGUGAGCGGCGUCAACGAGACGUUUAAAUUGAACUAUAGAGGCGUGAAAACAGGCGACGAGAAGCCUGUGGCCAUGAAAGAGCCAUGUGCGUUUUGUGGCGAAACCAAGGGCGAUAGACUCGAACAUGCCCGUUUGUACAUGUUGAAAUUGUACGGCCCAGCGUCUGAAACGUCGGUGAUGUCUGAUUCGUCCACUACAGUGAUUGGAGGAGAAGUACAUGAAGUGAUUGGCACGUACGCGCUUUGUAACUUUUGUUUGGUGAAACUUCGGGCCAUUUGUGAGUUCUUUGCUAAGCUUAGACAGGUUCAUGCUAACGUAUACAAGCUUCAUCAGAAUAGUUCAUUUGACGAUCUUGCGUUUGUUUCACAGUUUCAGUUUAAGAAGUUUGAAGACCGCUCUCACCAUAACGUGCAAAGACAUGUGGACAGCAACGACGAGGCCAUUCUUAUUAAGCUUUACUUCUUGUUGCUCACGAUACGUGCAAAGGUGUUCUGGAGCAAAGUAGGGUUCUGGGAUACUGAAGAAGACUCAGAAACGGUUACUGCUGAUGAAGCUCACAUUGAGAUCUUCCAAAGGAUGGUUCACGAAAACGCCGCUUUUGCUUCUGAAAAGUUAGAGCCAAUAGAACGUCCAGGCAGCGCCAACGGCAGUCGAGGGGCCACAGGAAAGACCAGUACAGAGACAGAAGGGAAGCUGGAAGCCCCAGAGAAGGAGGAAGACGCUCCCGAGAAGGAAGACGCUCCCGAGAAAGAAGAAGGUAAAACGGAGGCUGACUCCGACGAAGGUGAUUUUGCCGAUGCAGAGACAGACGCAGCGCCGCUACAGAGAAGAAAGAGCAAGUCGAAGGAGUUUAAGAAGAAGAUAGAUAAGGACUUGACGCUGACGAUGGAGAUGUUGAAGGAGAGUUUUGGCGAGGAUGAAAAGAAGAAGGAGGAGGAGGCCCAGCCCAAGGGGAAUUAG